GGCGGAUGGGGGUUCUUCUCUCAUGCCAUAACAUAUUAUACCAUUAUCAUGCUGUGUUCUAACAAAAGGCCUGGUAUGCCAUGGGCAGAGCGGGAAGAAGAAAGUACGUGGAAUAAGGUACUCGCAGUCGCGCAUUUGCUCAUGACUCUGCCUCCUGCAAUCAGAACAAUGGUAUCGUGUAGCCACGCAUGGCAAUUCGAAAGCAUAGCCGCGAUGAAACUGGCCCUCUCUCUCUCCUCGGGCUUCAUAGCCAUCUUCCCUUCGCCCUGGUGGUUACUCCUCUAUCUCCCUGGCGUUAUCGCCGGCACAGCCGGUACCAUCUCUCUCGCAUCAACGAACUUUACAAAUACAAUGCUUAUCGUCACUGCUGUAUUCGGGGGCGUGAGUCUUGCAUGUUGUAUUGUCAGUAUAGUUACAGCGUGCUUUCUUCUCGGGAGUGAGAAAGGAGAUCGUUUUGACUCGGGUUUAUUGGGAUUCAUGGGUUUCUACACAGCAUCCAUCCCGGUUUGUGUGGUCUUUGGAGCACUGUAUUCAGAUUGGGUGUUGGCCAUUGCGGCGAAAAACUUGACUGGAUACCCAACUGAUGAGUCGAGCUUGGUCCAGGCGUUGUGGUUCUUGUAUAUGAUUGGAAAGAGAUUGAGUUUGUUGACAAUUUGAGGGACUAAUCAGUAUGGGUCGCAGGCGAUUCGUUUGAAGGAGAAGUAUUUUGUGGCUGUAGUAAUACUGAUUACUUCA